AUGAGAGCCACCGGCAGCCGUAGCCGGACGAGGAGAGAGCCGGAGAAGAACUUGAAGUACAAAGGUUUCACGUACUACCGAGGUUGCCAGAAAUAUCCGUCGGCAGUGAAGGAGGAAGGCCUCACUUUGGCGUCGCACAGGUACCGCACCGACUGUUGGGAGAACCACACUGACAAAAGCAACUACACCAACGAGAAGCUGCAGCAGUAUUUCAACCACCACAUGUUCAUCAUGGAGCAGGAGGAGUACAAGAUGGAGGGCAUCGAGUGGACCUUCAUAGACUUCGGUUUGGACCUACAGGCCUGCAUUGACCUCAUAGAACGGCCCAUGGGUAUUCUUUCCAUCUUGGAGGAGGAGUGUAUGUUCCCCAAGGCCACGGACAACAGCUUCAAAACCAAACUGUACGACAACCAUCACGGGAAGUCGCCCAACUUCCUGCGUCCGCGGCCGGACAAGAAGCGCAAAUAUGAGUGCCACUUUGAGGUUGUCCAUUAUGCUGGAGUGGUUCCAUACAAUAUCACAGGAUGGCUGGAUAAGAACAGAGAUCCUCUGAAUGAGACGGUUGUGAGUCUGUUCAUGAAAUCCUCCCACAAACUAAUGGCUGGACUGUUUGGGGAUUACAUCAGCUCUGACAUGGCUGGAGAACCAAAUGCUGAAGGCAAACACAAGAAAAGGAGAGCAGCUUCCUUCCAAACGGUUUCACAGCUCAACAAGGAGAAUCUAAAGAAGCUGAUGGCCAACCUCCGCAACACUCAGCCUCACUUUGUGCGCUGCAUCAUCCCCAACAACUCCAAGAGUCCAGGUUUGAUGGAUCCUUUCCUGGUCCUCCACCAACUGAGGUGUAAUGGAGUCCUCGAGGGGAUCAGGAUCUGCAGGAAGGGCUUCCCAAACCGCAUCCUGUAUGCUGAGUUCAAACAACGUUACCGCAUCCUCAAUCCUAAUGCAAUUCCGGAGGACUCGUUUGUGGACAGCAGAAAGGCUGUGGAGAAACUGCUUGGUUCUCUAGACAUUGACCACAGCCAGUACAAGUUCGGACACACUAAGGUACAGCACUGUGAAUAAUACAACAGCACAAAUACUGUGAUUAAUACAACAGCAAACAUUAUGGUAACACUUUAUAUUAAGGUAUACAAAUUCACCAUCAACUAGUUGUUAAUUAACAUGCAUAUUAGCAGUAUGUUGGCUCUUUAUUCGUCAUUAUAAAACUCUUAUUAAUGCCUUAUUCUAC